AUGUCGAAGCGGAAAGCCUCCCUGGAAUCCGCUCCAAAGCUCGCUUCGAUUUUCACAAAGAAAGUCAAGAAGCUAGCUCCAGCUGACGAUGGAAGUCAGAAGUCGUGGAAAUUCGUGUGCUGGAAUGUCGCCGGUCUUCGGGCGUGUGUAAAGAAGAGCGAUUUCAGUGAGAUUCUCAAGGAGCAGCCGGAUAUUGUUUUUCUAGGAGAGACCAAGUGCAAGGAGUGGCCAAAUGAGAUUGAAGAGAAGUUUAAGGACUACUCAAAAACCCUGGUGAUUUCCACGGAGAAGAAUGGCGGCUAUGCUGGUGUGGGAAUGCUCAGCAAGGUUGCUCCACUGAAAAUCCACAAAGGAAUCGGAGACCCCGAAUUCGACACCGCCGGUCGUCUUAUCAUCGCUGAGUUCGUGGAAUUCUUCUUCGUUGGAUCCUACGUCCCUAACUCCGGCGCAAAGUUAGUCAAUCUUGAAAAACGAGGUCGCUGGGAGGCGCUUCUAACAGAGAAGCUGAAAUCAAUGACAAUGACGAAGCCAGUGAUCUACGGAGGAGAUUUGAAUGUGGCUCACGAGGAAAUUGACUUGAAAAAUCCCGAAUCGAAUCGAAAUAAGACGGCAGGAUUCACGGAUCAGGAGAGAGGAUGGUUUACGGAGAUGUUGGAGAUGGGAUUCACGGAUACGUUCAGAAAAAUGCAUCCUGAGGAGAAGAAGUACACAUUUUGGAGCUACUUGGCGAAUGCGAGAGAGAAGGAUGUCGGAUGGCGACUGGAUUAUUAUGUUGUCAGCGAUCGCAUCAUGGAGAAGGUCAAAAAAAGCGAAAUCAUGUCGGAUGUCAAGGGAAGCGACCAUGCUCCGAUCGUCCUUCACAUUGAAUUUUAA